AAUAACUCAUCGCCAUGCCCUCUUCUUCAUUCGACUCAAAAAUGGCGAAAAAUUCAAAUUCUUACUUAUUAUUCCUUUUGCUCGUCUUUGUUGUUGCAAUCUCAGAUAUUGCGACUGUCAAUGGAAAAAUAUGUGAAAAACCGAGUAAGACUUGGUUUGGAAACUGCAAAGACACAGAUAAGUGUGACAAGCGGUGUAUAGACUGGGAGGGUGCAAAGCAUGGAGCUUGUCAUCAACGUGAAGCCAAACACAUGUGCUUUUGCUACUUUGAUUGUGAUCCCCAGAAGAAUCCAGGGCCACCACCAGGGGCACCGGGGACGCCAGGGACGCCUCCUGCUCCUCCAGGAAAGGGCGAAGGAGAUGCUCCUCAUCCUCCUCCUACUCCAAGUCCUCCUGGAGGUGAUGGAGGCAGUGGACCAGCUCCUCCUGCAGGUGGUGGAUCACCUCCUCCUGCAGGUGGUGACGGAGGUGGUGGAGCACCUCCUCCCGCAGGUGGUGACGGAGGUGGUGGAGCUCCUCCUCCUGCAGGUGGUGAUGGAGGCGGAGCACCACCACCAGGUGCUUAGGCGAGAAAGAGCCAAAGUCUUGAAUAGAAAACUUUAUACAUAUGAUUAUGAAUAAGGAGAACAUAUAUGCUUACAGAUUGAAAUUAAUUUAGUUUGCAUGUGUAAUAAAACCUCAUGAGUUCAAUUAUAAGUCUAUAAUAAAUUUACAUGUAUAAAGUCCUAUUGGUGUUGCAUUAA